AUGUCCAACUUUAAUUCGAAACCGCUGGCGAAGCUGUUAUUCAACCCUCGCUCGAAGGUGAACAUAUCGAUAGCAACGGUUCAAUCGAGAACACAUGAAUUCUCCUCGAAGUUUCAGUUCCUAGUCCUCAAGAAUUCGUCGCCGGAGCUACCGACAAUGUCGAUCAUCAUUUUGUCAUGGAAUUUGCCGGAAGUUGCACUUGCAGAUCCACAGAUCCACGUCCCAGGAAGGAUAGACCUCAUCGACAGUGAAGCCUUCUGGGAACUCCAUACUGGUCGGAAGAUGUCAUUAGGAAAGGAUCUUCCAUGGUUGACUGAAAAACCCUUCGGAUGGGCUGUCGCUGGGACUGCAUCCAUUCAGUCAAAAUGCAUUCCUCGGAUCUGCAAUCUUUCGACAAAGGACGAUCCUCUAGAAACCGCACUCCUUAAGUUCUGCGAAAUCGAAACUAUCUGUCGAAGAAAAUUGCUUCUUCCUCGAACCGAAAAUCCCGAAGUUGUCCUAGGAAGCUCCCAGGAAAUCGCAAAUCGUCGUCUUAGAUGCAUCGAACGGCGACUCGAACGUGAUCCUGCUACCAAGGAUGCAUACCACCGCUUCAUGGACGAGUACCUCGACCUAGGGCACAUGAAGAAGCUUGACGAACCGGUAGACGAUGACAUUCCUCAUUGCUACAUCCCGCACCACGCUUUAUUCAAGGAGUCGACUGCUGUAGAUGCAGUCAUCUACUACUUCUACGUUGACGAUUUUUUCUCUGGUGCCGACGAUGUAGAAUCUGCCAUCCAGCUUCGCCAACAAGUAACUACUAUGCUUAGUGCUGCUGGAUUUCCAAUCAAGAAGUGGGCAUCAAACAUUCCCGAGCUUCUCCAGGACGUAACACCGGAAAAUCUGGCCCUUAACCCUCUACACGACCUUCAAGACGAGCAAGUAGUAUGA